GCGCCGCCGCGGCCGCCGCGCUCGGCACCCUGAUCGUCCUGAUGUGCCGCGGACGCCGCCGCCUGCCACCGCCGGACUUCGCCGCCGCCGCUCCGGUCCGGCGGGUCGCGGGGAGUAAUUGGUCUGGAAGCUCCCAUGAUUCAGUCCAAUCAAGGAGAGUGGUUAUUUCUCACAAUAUGGAUAAAGCACUGAAAGAAGUGUUCGACUACAGCUAUAGAGAUUACAUCCUGUCCUGGUAUGGGCAACUCAGCAGAGAUGAAGGGCAGCUGUACCAGCUGCUAUCUGAAGACUUUUGGGAGAUUGCCAAGCAGCUGCGACAGAGGCUGAGUCACAUUGAUGUAGUUAAAGUUGUCUGCAAUGAUGUAGUGAAAGCUUUACUCUCACACUUCUGUGACCUUAAAGGAGCCAAUGCCAGGCAGGAAGAUCCACCAAGACCUUUUUUGCUGCACUCAUGCUUGAGGAGCUCUGAUGAAGAAGUAAGAUUUCUGCAAAAAUGUUCUCAAGUCCUGGUGUAUUGUCUCCUACCCUCAAAGGAUGUCCAAUCUGUCAGCUUGCGCAUAGUCCUUGCAGAAAUACUUGCAACAAAAGUACUGAAACCAGUGGUGGAACUGCUGAGUGAUCCAGAUUAUAUUAACCGAAUGCUACUCAGCCAGCUGGAGUACAGAGAACAGAUGAAUGAGCAUCAGAAGAAAGACUACACAUAUGCUCCUUCUUAUGAGGAGUUCAUCAAGCUCAUCAACAGCAGCUCUGAUGUUGAGUUCCUGAAACAACUGAGGUAUCAAAUUGUAGUGGAAAUAGUUCAGGCAACCACAAUCAGCAAUAUUCCCCAAAUGAAGAGGCAGAAAGAUUCAAAGGGAAAAGAAACUGCAGCAAUGAAAGCUGACCUACUAAGGGCUCGGAAUGUGAAGAGGUAUAUUAAUCAGCUGACGGUGGCAAAGAAGCAAUGUGAGAAGAGAAUAAGGCUCCUGGGAGGGCCUGCUUAUGAUCAGCAGGAAGAUGGCAUUUCUGAUGAAGGUGACGGCCCGCAGAGUCAGAAGAUUCUUCAGUUCGAAGAAAUUUUGGCCAACCCUUCAUACCGAGAGCACUUCCGAAUCUAUAUGGAAAGGAUGGACAAGGUGGCUUUGAUCGGUCUUUGGGAGUCUGUGGAGAAUUUGAAGAGUGCUAACAAGCCUGAAAUACCUCAGCUGGUGAGUGAAAUUUAUCAGAAUUUUUUUGUGGAAAGCAGAGAAAUACCUGUGGAAAAAUCCCUUUAUAAAGAAAUACAGCAAAGUCUUGUGGGAAAUAAAGGCAUUGAAGUAUUCUACAGAAUUCAGGCAGAUGUUUACGAAACUCUAAAGGACAGAUACUACCCCUCAUUCAUUGUCAGUGAUUUAUAUGAGAGAUCAGUCAAGAAGGAAGAAGAAAGAAGUUCUGCUCAGCUGACUCCUGAGGACAAAGAUGAAGUGAGCCAAGGUUGUGAAGAAGCUACUGAAGAAUGCAGCACAAGAAUUAAUGAACAGGCCAGUUAUGCUGUUAAUAAACUUCGCCAGCUAAAUGACAAGCUUGAGUAUAAGAAACAGGCUCUAAAUUCCAUAUGUAAUUCACCAAAACCCGACAAAAAGAUUGUUUCUAAGCUGAAAGAUGAAAUUACUCUGAUGGAGAGAGAGCACAGUGACCUUCAGCUGCACAUUGCAAGAACGGACUGGUGGUGUGAGAAUCUUGGCAUGUGGAAAGCCUUCAUUGUCUCAGGCGAGGUUUUAGAAGAGAAUGGAGAACAAGUGCCCUGUUACUCUGUCAUGGUGAGUUUACAAGAAGUUGGUGGAGCUGAAACUAAGAACUGGACUGUUCCCAGAAAGCUCAAUGAGUUUCAGAACCUACACCGCAAACUCAGUGAGUGUUUUCCAUCAUUAAAAAAAGUUCAGUUGCCUUCUCUCAGCAAGCUGCCCUUCAAAUCCAUAGACCAGAAAUUCAUGGAGAAAUCCAAGAACCAGCUUAAUAACUUCCUGCAGAAAUUACUCUCUGAUGAAAGACUCUGCCAGAGUGAAGCACUUUAUGCCUUCUUGAGCCCUUCCCCAGAGCACCUCAAAGUUAUUGAUGUGCAAGGAAAGAAGUCAUCUUUUUCACUCUCCUCAUUUCUUGAACGACUUCCUGGUGAUUUGUUUUCUCAUCAGGAGGAAGAAACAGAAGAGGAUAGUGACCUGUCGGACUAUGGAGAGGAGGUGGAUGGGAAAAAGGACUCUCUUGCUGAACCAUGUUUCAUGCUGAUUGGAGAGAUUUUUGAACUGCGAGGAAUGUUCAAAUGGGUCAGAAAAACAUUAAUUGCACUAGUACAAGUCACUUUUGGAAGAACUAUCAACAAGCAAAUCCGUGACACUGUACACUGGAUCUUCAGUGAACCAAUGCUAGUUUACUACAUUGGUGUGUUUCGAGAUGCUUUUUGGCCAAAUGGAAAGUUAGCACCACCACCGAGAGCCAAGAGCGAUGAACAAAAGCAAGAGACAAAACAGAGAGCACAGCAAAAACUGCUUGAAAACAUUCCAGAUACUCUGCAGAAUCUUGUUGGACAACAAAAUGCCCGUCAUGGUGUAGUGAAAGUGUUCAAUGCGUUGCAAGAAAGGAAGGCUAACAAGCAUCUACUUUAUGUUUUGCUGGAACUGCUGCUAACUGAACUGUGUCCUGAGCUGAGAGCUCAUUUAGAGCAGCUUAAUGCCACUUAGGUUUGAAUCUGCACAACUGGACCACUAGAGAAAUGUCUAUGUUCGAUAAUAGACAUGAAACUUAUUUUCCUCUUUUCCAUAGAGGGCUGAGGACUAUGAUUAUUUUUAGCAUUUUUCUUUCCUCUUGAGUUUUUUGUGAAGUAAACAGACUUGAAAAGAUCUGAUGCUGUAGUAGGGUAGACAAAACAAUGCUGUAUAGCUGCCAAUUUUUAUUUAAAUUGUUCUAUUUGACUACUCUUCUGUUUCAAAUAUAGAUUGAAAAAUAAAUGUUCAUAUAUGCUGAAAGAAACCAGAAAAUAUUUUAAACAUUUAUGAAAAGAAAUUUUGCUUAUAGUGGAAAACUAAUGAAUGUUGUACAGUUCUAAUCUCCUCACUGAGGAUCUGAGCAUUCCUCUUUUUUUUCUUGUGUAUUGAAAAAGCCUUGUUGUGCAAUACUACAUGUAAAGCUAUUGUGAAAAUUGUAUCAAUUUUGUUUUUACCAAAGAUUUUCUGUAGUUUGAAGCAUUUGUAAGCAAUAAAUAUCACAACUGGAUUGCAGUAUUUGAUAGUGAGGCUGUACUGACAACUAAUGAAUGAGUUUGACAGCACUAGUUUCAUAAGAAAUAUCUACAUUGCUUUGAAGUCUGUGUCAAAAUUAUGUAUUGUAAACUGGUAUGUCCUAACAGAAUGCCUGUGUUAAAUGUUAGUUCAGAGAUCACUGCUUAUGAAUUGCUUCUAUGAAUGAUCAAGCAGACAUUUAAUUAAACCAUUCUAAUAACUUC